AUGUCUGUUUUAAUGCCUCCCGAAACUGUGCGUGGAAUGACUAUAUUAAAUCGUGAUGCUUUUAGCAAAUCAAUAUCUGUUCCUACAAUAGACAUAACUUCUGUGGAAGCACCUUGGUCAAAGAUUUUACCAAGUCUUAAGAAAUACUUGUUAAAAAUGGACAACUUGAAACCCGUUUGUUCAUCUGAUAAUAAAAAAAUAGUUCUACUCAAUCCAAAUAUUGUCAGAUCAUUCAAUGAUCUUGAAACAGAAGCUUUGUUACAACAUGAUAUAAAUGAAAAUUAUUUUUCUUAUCAAAAUCUUGACUUGAAAUAUGAAAAUUGGAAAGCGGAUGAAAUUCUGAAAUCGGUGUUACCUCCUGACCAAGAAGGACUGACAAGUUACUCAAGAAUAGGUCACAUAGUACAUUUGAAUCUUAGAGAUCAUUUAAUUCCAUUUAAGUCUUUGAUAGGCGAAGUAUUGUUGAAUAAAUGUGCAAAUUGUAAAACUGUAGUUAACAAAACACAGAACAUCGAUAACACAUACAGAAAUUUUCAAAUGGAGCUGCUUUGUGGAGAAGAGAAUUAUUUGGUCCAAGUGAAGGAGCAUGGAAUCCAAUUUGAAUUUGAUUUUAGUUGUGUGUAUUGGAAUCCACGACUUAGUAGUGAACAUGAAAGAAUAACAAAAAAGUUGAGCUCAGGAGAUAUUUUGUAUGAUGUUUGUGCUGGUGUGGGACCAUUCAGCAUACCUGCAGGAAAGAAGAAAUGUAGAGUUUUGGCAAAUGAUUUGAAUCCGAAUAGUUACAAGUGGCUCAUUAAGAAUGCUGAAAAAAAUAAAAUUAAUAUACAAUCUUUCAACAAGGAUGCAAGAGAUUUUAUUAAAAAUGAUGUUAAAAGUGAUUUAAAACAGCAAUGGAUAAGCAACUUUUCAAAUAAUAUUCACAUGACUAUUAAUUUACCGGCAAGUGCUGUUGAAUUUCUGGAUGUUUUCAAUGGGUUAUUUCAAUGUGAUACCGAAUUAUUAGAAAAACCAAAUUUAAUAAUGCCUGUAGUUCAUGUUUACUGCUUCAUCAAAGCUGAAGACCAACAUGCGGAUCUUGCAAAGAAAUUAGCUGAAAAACAUUUGGGAUUUGAGCUAAAAGACAAUUUGCAGGAGGUUUUCUUUGUGCGCAAUGUUUCACCAAACAAAGAAAUGAUGCGUGUUAGUUUUCAAUUAACAACUGAAAUACUGUUUAAUGAAAACAGUGCUAAACGGAAAAUAAGUGAUAAUUUAUUAGAGGAUUCAGUUGAUGCUAAAAGAAAAUGUCUAAAUAAAGAAGCUAAAAAUGGGGAAGCAGAAAAAAGUUAAUAAGAAAAUUGUUAAGCAGUUGAAAAAAUCUAGUAAUAAUAAUGUAUUCAAAGUAGCUGGAGCAAAAAGUCUUAAAGCUAAAUCUAAAGCUAAAGUGCUAACCGUUCAGCUUAAAAAGCUUAAAACAGAUAAAAAUGGAAAAGUAGCUGAAGUAAAUAAUCAAUUAAAUAAACUCCAAAAAGAAGUUAUAAAAGUCAAUCAAUCACCAAAACAGCAAUCAAAAAAAGCUACACCUAAGAAAAAUAAAAAUACAAAAGCGAAGAAUCGAGCUGACCCAAAAUUAACAAAAGUUUUAACUGUUGCUUUGGACACCAUGAAAAUGUAGUACGAUCUGGAAAUUUGACAUAACAUUUAUAUAUAUCUCAGUGUGGAUAUAGCGUUUUUCUUAUUAGAAUUUUGUUUAACUUCUAUUUGAAGUUAAAAAUCAUUUUUUUAUUUAUGCUUUUAGUUAGAUCUAUUUUGAUUUAAGAAUCAUCUUAUUUUAAGAUGCUAUAUA